AGACCCUUGAGUAGGAGGCUCCGGUCUGAGCGUCAACUGAGUGAGAACUAACGCUGUUGCAGUUAACCUUCAAAGACAGCAGCUCAUUGACACUGGGGUUGGUGGGAUCUGGGAAGACGUUACCCCAAUAAUCUACAUCCUUCAGGGCCCAACAUCUAAAAUCAGAAUGGAAGUUCAUGGUGAAAAAACACUCAGCUGUGGGACAAUUUGUCUGAAAUAUUUACUUUUUCUCUUUAACAUUCUUUUUUGGCUGGCAGGAGGGGCUGUGAUGGCAGUAGGAGUGUGGACUCUGAUGGAAAAGAGCGACUACAUCAGCUUACUAAACUCCAGCUUCUACUCAGCCUCAGCUUAUAUUCUGAUAGCUGCAGGGCUCAUUGUAAUAGUGACCGGGAUCAUCGGAUGCUGUGCAACUCUGAAGGAGAUGAAGAGUAUUUUGAUUGUGUAUUUGGUCUUGUUGCUCUGUAUUUUCCUGCUGGAAAUCAUUGCUGGUAUGCUGGCUUACAUUACCUACCAAGAGUGUUUCCCUUUCUGCUACCAGCUGGAUGAGGAGCUCAGACAAAACCUGAAGGUGACCAUGCAGCAAAAAUAUCAGCAGCCGGGGGAGGAGAGCGUCACGCAGGCUGUGGAUAAACUUCAGCAGGAGUUUAAGUGUUGUGGCAGUCACAACUCCUCAGACUGGAGAGCCUGUGUGUGGAUCCAGGCAGCAGAGAACGAGCGGCUUGUUCCUGAUAGCUGCUGUAAAAGUCCCAGUGACCUCUGUGGCCGCAGGGACCAUCCCUCCAACAUCUACAAGGUGGAGGGAGGCUGCAUUAUGAAGCUGGAGGAGUUCAUCCUGAGACAGUUGUAUAUUCUCGGUGCAGUGGGCAUUGGGAUUGCAUUUCUACAGCUUGUGGGGAUGAUGUUUACAUGCUGCCUUUAUCAAAAUUUGAAUGAAGAUCCGUACUGAUUUUUUUAUUUAUUCGUUUGAAAAUGUGUCACAUCAUGAAUUGUAGAAAGUUUGGUUAGGUUUUUUUAAAGCCCCGAUUAUUCACACAGUUGUGGAUGCUGUGAAGUUGCCAACUCAAAUUAUGACGUGAUGAUUAUCAAAAUACAAACUAGACACACUAGAGCUGCUGUAAUGCUGCUGGGCAGCAAUGUGCUUUUUCUACAAAAUGCCAUAGCAUGCUUUACAUAACUUCCCUUUUAUGUUAAGAUUAUGAUUUUAAAGAGCAGGGAAAUAUGAGCAUGCUGUGGCUACAUUUGCAGUCAGUGUUGGUCUUGUUGUUUAUCUAGUUUUUAAUGUAACAUACAGUGUUUACCAUAAUUAAAUAAUGACUAUAUGAA